UCCGGCCACGGCUGCCCACAGGCAGAGUAGAGGACUGGACUGGAUAGGAUGGACGAAAGGGCAGUGGCGGCGCUGGAGAGCUUGUACUCGGGGCCGAUCAAGGCCAGAGAGCUGGUCCGAGCACGAGAGAUAUUCGCGUUUCUGCGGAGCAAUGGACAGGGAACGGUUCUCAGGGAUGUGCCUAUGGUGAACGGCAAGCUGCUUGACCUGGUGGCGCUACUGGAGACUAUCACCAAGCGCGGGGGUGUACGCCGGGUGCAGGACAAGGGCCUAUGGGACGAGGUUACGUCGGAGCUUGGGCUGGAUUCUGGUCAGCAGACCUUGUUCACAAUUUCGGUGCACUACAAAAACUUCCUCUACGGUUUCGAACAGGUGCACUUCCCGUCUCGUAGUAGCGCUGGGCAGCACCAGCAACAGCAACAGCAACAGCAACAACAGCAGCAACAAGAGGAUGUCGUGCCGCCAAUGGGGCGAGAUCAGCACGCCGGCAUGUCGGGCGUAGGCACGCAGCGGUACGAGCAGCACGGGCACUACCAGGGGCAGAUGAGACAGAGGGAGCUGGAACAGCAGGUUGGAGCAGCAGAGCAGGCCACAGCGUCACAUUGAGCAGAUGAGCCAGCACCAGGAGCACCACCAGCGCAAACUGCUGGAGCAGCAACAGCAGCAGCGGUUCGUGAUUCGGCAACAGCAGCAGCAAC